AUGACAUUUUCCGAGAUAGCGGGACGGCUGCUGAAAGGGUCAGGACACUCGCAGCCACCGCCGGUCAAAGAGCAGCUACCUAACGCCCAUCCUUCACCAGAUCGGACCAGUAUCUCGUCUCUGCUCGCUUCGUCAGAGUCAAUCAACGGCAAUACCAUAGCUGGUGAAGGCAUGCUUGGUAGCCAUCUUGGUGAACAAAGAGGGCACUCCAUCGCCUCUUCAUGGGCUAAAACCCGGCCCUUGUCAGACAUUCGCGAACUCACCGAAUCAAGCUUAGCUGAUACUAUACCUCGAAACGCCCUAUCUAAUUACUUUCCCCGUAGCAUCUCUCGCACGGAGAUGUCGCGUCGGCCCUCUGCUGCUACAGGACGACGUCCAAGCAACGACAACCGACAUGGCGAAAACAUAGAACCCGACCGGAAGAAUAGCAUCGAAAGUAACGGUAUAAGAUCCACCUGCAGAGGUCGGGCUUCUAGAACACCAUCUCCAUCAAGUCCUGCAGAUAACAUCAGCAUAUGCAGCAUAUACAGCGUUCCAGCAGGCAACGUGCCGCCACGAUCCUCUUCACGCCCUCGUGCACCUAGCACCUCACGAACCCGACAGCCGCAACAGAUACCACCUAUACACAUAACGCAGGCGACAGCAACAAACACAAUUAACGCAAUACCUACUAUUCCUCUCCAGCCUACUAAUAACUGUUCCAACACUAUCCUUCGACACGGUCAAUCGCAGUCUCCUCUACGCCACAUCGUCGCUCGCCUCGAUCCUAAAUCUCAAGACACCAACCGACGCAUACCCUCCAGGACCUUUGUUCGUGAUCCACUAUCAAAAGAUCUGCUAGAAUUCCCAUUACACCGACAUCCACGAAUUGAGCUUGGCCUGGACUUAUCCGCAGGCAUAUUUGUAGGCGGAAGCUCUAUUGAAGGGACUGUUCAGAUAAACGUCGACGAUGCAGAGCGAAUACGUCAUAGAAGGACUCUGGACAUUGCUCGGAUAUCUAUCGAUCUUCUUGGGACGGAGGAGAUAAGUGGUAACAGACGAGCUGUCUUUCUCAACCUAGCCACAGAGCUUAUCGACGAGCAAAAUCCGCCGCCUCAGAAUAUGGUAGAUACCCAAGAGCCAAUAAGUUCAGCAGAUAUAUUCUGGCAUCUGAUGCCUUCUACGACGAACCUUGCUUUCAACCUAAGUUUACCUCUCAACGUCGGGCCUCCACCCUUCCAAUCGAAGAAUGCAAGGAUCCGCUACAUACUUUGUGUGUCUCUUCUUAUUCGCGACCAAGGAAGGCAGUACAUUGUCAGAACUUCUCAAGACGUUAUAGUGCUCUCAGUGUACGAUCCUGAGAAGGCACUUAUGUCGCUUCCCAGCCCCUUGACUGCAUCAGAUGAGUGGAUCAAGCCCCGGGAAAACACUGUCGAGGUCGUUCGGGUCACAGCAGGUCUACAUCGUCAAGUCUGGGUUAGCGGUACUAGCCUUUACGUCGAUGUCCACAUUGCCAAUAACAGUCGCAAAACAGUAAAGAAGAUCGAGCUUCAAUUGGAAAGGGACAUACUAUGCUAUAAACACGCUGCUGCCGCUACGAUGGAGAAGUCUGCUGGUCAGGCUCGCAUUUUUGACAGCAACGAGCGGUCUAUUCUCAGCAAAUCCAUCGUGAGGAAUGGCUGCGCUGGCUGGAACGGCGUUUCUGCACACCAAACCCACAUCAGAACUUGUGACCUUGAGGUACCUCGAGGCCAUGGUACGGUGAAGUGUGGCAAGUACUUCGAAGUCAGGUACUUUCUGAAUGUCAUCAUCGCGAGUGCACAUACAAAGCUCGUUACCGUUCAAUUACCAAUCGUACUCAUCCACAUGAACUCUCUGGACGUAGUCCCCAACUCUGUCGCCCAAGUGGCCAUGGCUAUCGAAGAGAAGCGCACAGCCCGCCGCUCACCACCCCGCCUUGGCCGCCGUCCAUCCGAAUCGGUUCAAGGCCGCGCAUUCGCAGCACCGCGCAUGCAAUCUUUGGAACGCAUGCGCGCACGUGAGGAAGCCAUCCAAGAACUCGGUCAAGCCCUCGAGCAGAGUCCUCGCAAAUAUGGUCUCCGCCGCGCAAAUUCCAAUUUUGAUUACCAUACCCCACCUUCCAAUCGCAAAGGCAGAAUCGUAGGCGAUGGCGAAGCAGCAGACCUCCAGGACCGUUUAAGGCGCGUGAGAUCCAACGAGACGAUCGGAUCCAGACCUCCUACCCUCCACAGGGUCAAUUCGACGCGGUCGAGACGUGGCGCAGGAUCGGCGUUUGGGUUUCGCGAAGCGGAGGUUCGGGAGGACAUCGAGCUGGGUGGCUUGGGUGCGUCAGGGGAUGGGCUGCUAAACGAGAGACUAGCCAGGAGCAGUGAUCGGCAAUAUCGGUUUAGCAAAAAGAAGAGCGUAGAAAGGUGGAAGGGUGUAGCCAAUGUGGGUGUUGGGUGGCUGAAGGGGAAUGGGAUCAAGGAUGAGAGAGAGCGAGAGGGAUGGAUAUGA